UAUAUCUAGACACAAUGUCAAAUUGAUUUUAGUUAAUCGCAUCAAAACUCACCACUUUUUUCUCUAACAAAUCCCAAAUUAACAGUAGCCGCAAUUUCUUCGUACUCGCCAUGAAGCCGAAGAAUAAAUUCAAGUUCGAAGUGCUGGCCGAGCCGGAGUUCGGCAAGACGAAGAAGAUCAACACCUGGAUCAACGGCGAGUCGCGCUGCUACCCGGUGACCAUCAACCCGAAGGACUUCAGGAGCUGGCCGCCCAUCCUCACCCACGUCACCAACGUCGUCCAGCCGAACUUCGGCCUGGUGAAGAAGCUGGUGGCGCUGAGCACCAUGCGCUCGGUGAACUCCUUCGAGGAGCUGGACCCCAACGAGAAGUACGUGGCGCUGGGCGCCAGCUGCAAGAUCAAGGAGCCGCCGGGCGGGUACGAGACCGUUCCUCAGGAUAAGGUCAAGCAGAAGAGGUCGUACAAGAAAUGUUUCUACGUCGGCGAUUUAAAUCCGAAGAGUCGUCCGUUCCUGCAGGUCAUGCAAAAGAAGAAACUGACUGUUGUUUAUAUAGCGAUCAGCGGUAAGACGAGGCCUCCGCAGAAAGUCAUCUUCAACGAGCAAGACAUGAAAGACUGGAACCUUAUUCGUAAUUAUUUAGCGAAGCUGUUGGGUAUAGCCGAGGGAGUUCAAAACAUCUGCUCGAUCUAUGGGGAUGUACUAGACGACGCCAGUCAAUUCCAGCAGGGCUAUUUGUACGUGGUGGUACCUUUUACUGAACAAUUCGUCCGCAUGGAUUACGCCAGCUUCUCCAAAGAGAAGAACAAUUACAGGAGGAACUUCAUGUUGCCAGUACUGCCACCUUUCAACAGCAACUCUUUCGCUAGAGCUCCAGGGUUGGAAAAACAAGCCACACUAAAAGUUAUCGAACGCGAAAAACCAAAACUGCCGAAGCCGAUUAAAGAAGAGACGACCUCCGCAGUACCAUCAGAAAUGGAGGACAUACUGCCCACUUUGGAUCCCAACGUUCUGCUUUCCGGGGACGCAACGAUAGAGAAAUUAAAUCGCAAAACUCUGAAAGAAGAUUAUAGCAAACAUUUCGCUAAAGAAUCGCUGGCGUCGAUUUUCUCGCAAUAUUCAAAGAAAAAUUCGGAAUGUGUUCCUCAAGCGGUGGAGAAGAAGGAAACGAUGAUCGUUGAAGGUUCGAACGAGUGCAGGCAGAAGAACGCAGAAGAACUCGUCGCGAACAAUACAAUUUCCAAAACUCACGAAGAUACUAAUUGGAACGUUAAGCAGUACGAAUAUUUGUGGAAAGAUCUGAGAAGCAUACUUAUUGCCCUUAAAACCGAAAUCGAACGGAACAGGACAAAUCUGUGCAGUUGAAUUUUGUGAGCGUCCUAAUUUUAUUCAAGCACGUGUAAUUGUAAUGUUUAUUGUCCCGGUAGAAGAAUAAAUAUUUUACGAACCGUUUUAUAUAAUUUCG